AUCAGCAACAGUUUCAAUAUCACAUACAACAGAAAAGUUUUCUCAGUAUCAGUAUAUAUCCUUCAAGAGAGCAUUUAUAAAAUUUGAUUCAAAUGGAUUCAAGAAGAGAAGUUGAGGAAUCAUCAACAGCUCCCAUCCUAGAAUCCAAAAGGACAAGAAGCAAUGGAAAAGGGAAAUCCAUUGAUGGAGAUCAUUCUCCUCCACAUGCUGCAACUGUUGUUACCACAAAAGCUACUCCACUACAAAAAGGUGGAAUGAAAAAGGGAAUUGCAAUCUUAGACUUUAUUUUGAGGCUUGGUGCCAUUGGUGCUGCUCUUGGUGCUGCUGUCAUUAUGGGGACUAAUGAACAAAUACUUCCUUUCUUCACUCAGUUCCUUCAGUUUCAUGCUCAAUGGGAUGAUUUUCCAAUGUUUAAGUUUUUUGUGGUGGCAAAUGGAGCAGCAGCUGGAUUUCUCAUCCUCUCCUUACCAUUCUCAAUUGUCUGCAUUGUUAGACCCCUUGCAGCCGGUCCGCGGUUUCUACUUGUCAUCGUUGAUUUAGUAUUAAUGGCCUUAGUGGUUGCAGCUGCUUCAUCUGCUGCAGCUGUUGUGUACUUAGCACACAAUGGGAGUCAAGAUGCAAAUUGGAAUGCCAUUUGUCAGCAGUUCACUGAUUUUUGUCAGGGUUCAAGUUUGGCUGUGGUUGCUUCUUUCGUUGCGUCGGUUUUCCUAGCUUGUUUGGUUGUUGUGUCUUCUGUAGCUCUCAAAAGGACUUAAAAAUUGGAAUUGAAGGAUGAUGGUUGAUAGAAAGUUAAUUGCUCUUUUAAUGAGUGUUGUAAACUUGUUUUAGUUUGUGGUUUGUAAUUGAUGUUUAUAACAUUGAAGUGAAAAAUCAUGUUUAACGUUUGUUGUUGCAACAAAUUCUGUAUUGUAA